GCCAAAAAACAGGAAGUCAGCUCCAUAAAUUGCUGUAACUCUUAUUAAGCUAUUGUACUCCUCUCUAGUGUAUGUGAACAAUUAGGUAAUAUAAAUACAAGAACAAUUUGCACUCCUUAAGUUGCUUAAAUAAGAUACGGUUCUAAAUGAAUAUGCUAUUGUUAGCCGCGAACGUUAGCCUGCUAGCAGGUCUAGUAAACGCAAAGACGCUGAAGGCUAAAGUUGUGAAUACGGUAGAAGUCAAUUCCACGUCAUUCGCCCAUAAAUGUGACAUACUGUAGUGGUUCCCAAAGUGGGGUACGCCAAUUGCCAUAGGGGGUACAUGAAUAAAAUGAAAAAAAAAAAAAACAAUUACCGCGUAACUGUCAAAAUUACGAGUGUGCCUGAAUGUCUCACAGUGGGAAGAGACCGCAGCAGGAAGGAGACAGAGCCACAAGUUGUUCCUUGCUCAAAUAAACUUGCAUUCACACGGAAACGGCGUUCUAUCUAAACGCCGGCUUGAUGUUGCCGUGCCAUGAUGUCGUCAUGUGACCAGAAGUGACAAAGCUGACAAAAUAUUUGAAUAAUUGGACUUGGUGUGACAAUUCCACUUCACCAUCAGUAUUGACUUGCCUUGGAACGUUUUUGUGUGGACAAAGCCUGAAUGUUCCUACUUCAUCUCAGCAAGACAUUUUGGACCGUCGUAUGCGUCCAUGCUUGUGGGAAUCGUUUUGGGAGGACCUUUUUUCUCUUCCCUAGCGCACAAACCAAAGGAAUGUAUGCAUAAGUGUCGUGUAGAAGAACACUGAUUGGAUGAACGAGUCCGCCUGAAUCAUGAUUCUUUCCUAUAUCAAGGUAAUUGUACAAUAAUUAUAUCAAGGCCACUUUUUGUUCCCCAGGUCCAAAGUGUUCCUUCACGUUUUAACAAGUCAUUCUCACUUACAAUAUAAAUAAAACCUAAUGAAUAAAUAAAAGCAACACAAGUACGUUUGGCACUUUGUGGUGUUAAUUAGCAUCUCUGCCCCCCCCCCCCCCCCUCCCGGCACCUCUUGUAGACUGACAAAGCAUGAGGUCACCUUGUGCAAUUAGGAAAAGCUAAAUAGUUUUAGUGGGUUUUAACUCUUUUGAGUCAAAUGAUGUAAUCCCCUUAAGCGGGAUUAGCACACUGCUGUCAAUCUUUGUAUCCUCCUAAGUGGUCGUCGCUCAAAUUUUGUUAUUGUUGGCUUGCCCGGGGGUGCACCGACUCCACACUUGUGGCAUAAAAAAGAAACAUACUUAUUGAUCAGAAUGACUGUAAAACCCGGUUCUCGUGCGACUAAUGAGACACCAGUUCAGUUUGGCAACAAUAUUUGGAUAUUUUGAUUAAAUAUUAAGCUGGCAAUCCUGGCAGAAAUCUUGUAAUUAUGAUUUUGUUGUACCUUAAUCUGGAAGACAUAAUCUUCCUCUUUUUUUUUCCACCCCUCCCUGACUGCCAUGACAUCUGGAGGCGUGGAAAAGAUGGUUUUAAGAUUUAUGUAAGUAGGUUUACACAGUGCUCUCUCUCUGUGUCUCUGCACUUGAAAUGUAAAGGAGGGGGGACAUAUUGCUUCCCCCUGUUAAGAUCCAGGACGUCCCCCCUCUGUGACGUGUACAAUGAGGAGCAGGUGGGAGGGCAAGGAUGGCAGAUUGGGGGGGGGACUCGGUAGUUUAAAAGCUGAGGAUGCUCCACGCAACGAGACAAUCUUUCGCGUGCAACAUCUCCGUCAACACACCGACCCAUGUGGCUCAUUGGACCGCCUUCCCAGAGGAGGAAGAGGAUGAUGAUGAUGAUGGAUCAGCGACUGUCCCCCUCUACCCGCACCGUGGUCCACCAAGGGUCGGCAGGGAACUCACCCAAAGUGCACAGCAUCGAUGCCAUCCUGGGCUUCAAGGAGGACCUCCUCUUCCAUAAAGCGGGCGCAUACUGCGGCCUGACAGACAAAGUUCGGGGAAAAGACGACGAACCGAAGAAAAGUCACUUCUCGGAAAGUUUUGACGGGGCAUGUACUAUUAAUGAUGGUGGCGGUGAUGCACCGCCCUGUCCGGACUCGCCAGACCGGGAUGGCAAACUAUCAGACGACGAGAACCCCAAAAAGAAGCACCGUCGGAACCGGACCACCUUUACCACCUUCCAGCUGCAUGAAUUGGAACGGGCCUUUGAGAAGUCCCACUACCCGGAUGUCUACAGUCGAGAGGAGUUGGCCCUCAAAGUCAACCUGCCCGAGGUCCGAGUGCAGGUUUGGUUCCAGAACAGGAGAGCCAAGUGGCGCCGACAAGAAAAGCUGGACGUGAGUUCCAUCAAGCUCCAUGAAACCGCCGCCUCUUCUUUGCUCUCCUUCGGCCGCCCACCCACCGCGGGCCCCCUAGGCUCGGGCCUCCAGCUGGACCCCUGGUUGGCCUCCCCUCUCACCACUUCCACCACCAUGCAGUCCCUCCCGGGCUUCAUGGAUGCCGCUCAGGGCUUGACCAGCGCUUACACAGCCUCGCCGCCUCCCUCCAUGCCGCCGUCCCUGCCCGCCUCAUUCCUCAACACCCCCACAUUGGGACACACCCCUCACCUACCCCGGAUGGGAUCCAUUUGCCCGCCACAACCAGCCCCGCUACUACAUCCUCCGCAGGCGUACCAGUGCUCGUCAGAUCCCAGAAAUUCCAGCAUUGCCUCAUUAAGGAUGAAGGCCAAAGAACACAUUCAGUCUAUUGGCAAGACGUGGUGAUGUUCAAUUCCCAGCAUGCACCUGGAUAUACCCUACCUGCUACAUCUUCUUGGAGGACUGAUGGGAUUGUGCUAUCUUGGAUUGCUGCUAUGACACCAACUGUGACGGACUUUUUAUACAUUUUUGUUUGUUCUUUCUCACUCGUACCUGUUGCCAAUUCCUUUUAGCGGUCGCCAUUAUCUAUUUAUUUACCUGUACAUGUCCAAAAAAAUCAUCCCUGUCUGCUGAUCUCAUGUGAAUAUUUUGUCAACACAAUAAACUUUAUAUGUAAAACCAAGACACCAAUGGCUAAUCUGGCUCAAAUUCAUUCAGGGAACAAUUUGUCCCUAUCGGUCAUCGUGGAAGUUAAUGACUUGCA